AUGUGUCUUCUUGCCAUAGUCCUUGUUGUGAUGCGCUUGACUGGAGCUUUAGCUCAGUCAGGGUGCACCAGCGAGCUCACCAGCUUGUAUCCCUGUCUAAGUUACGUCACCGGAAGUUCAUCUAAGCCGAGCUCGACCUGCUGUUCACAGCUUGCUGGCGUCGUGUCAUCAAAGCCGCAGUGCCUCUGCUUACUUCUAAAUGGUGGUGGAUCCUCCGUGGGUAUCAACAUCAAUCAAACUCUGGCUCUCUCGUUGCCUGGUGCUUGUCAGGUGCAAACUCCCCCAAGCAGCAAAUGCAACGCUGGAAAUGUACCAACAUCUUCAACCGCUACACCAGCAACUUCUCCUCCAGCAGAACCGUCAAAAGGAUCACCUGACACUCCGAAGAUACCAUCAGUGUCAGAUACUCCAGCAGGAAACGGGUCGAAAACAGUCCCUGCGACUGACGGUUCAACAUCUGCCGGAAGCAACAUUAAUGCAUCAUUCCCACUUAUAGCUCUCUUUCUCUUCGUUGCGUCCUGCGUUCUAUCUGGAGCAGGGUUCUGA